GAAAUUAACCGGAAAUUGCGCGUAGUGCCUCCAGCUAACUUAACCCGUACAUAGGAUGUUUGUAGGCAAAGAAUAGUGAGAUAGAUUGAAAGCUUGCGCCCGGUUUGAAUUGUUAAAUGCGUUUAGUUUCUAUGCGAUGGUUUUGUUUAAAGUUUAAGAAACAAAAUGUUUCUUUCUCCGACAGUAGCUGGUGCUUCUCUGGCAUCUAUGUGGCUGCAGCGUUAGCUAGUGUCAAGAGAUUAGCUGGACUUUGAUAUGAGCUAACGCCGACGUCAGAUCAGAAACCAGGAUCUCCGUGGGACCUUUCGUACAAAACUGCGAGCUUACAAUCCCAGGAGUUCCCAAACGCUCAGUACGUGACGUGUUUUACCAGAAAAACAAUGACCGUGGCCCUGGCUAAAGGAGACAGUUAGCAGGAGCAGUGUGGUGUUUGGUGUUCUCGCAGCCCACUGCCACGGCGCCUCGUUGCAGUCCACGUCGAGUCCCUUCUGUUUCACAGGCCACGUCCCCGCGGGCGUAGUUCACAGAGAAGAUGCCGAGUGUGCGGAAGGGGACGGAGAGUAAAUACGCGUAGAAAUGUGAAAAGCCUUCAUCGUUUGUGACUCUGUGUGUGUGUGUGUAUGUGUUUGUAGCGUUUGUUUCCGACGGCAUGUCACGUACACAGAUGUGUUUUACAUCGGGAUAACACACUCCGAGCUGCGGUAGCGACCUGUAGUGACGUUAGGCUUUUAGUGUGCAUGUGUUUGAAAUGAUUGGCUUUGGUGCAAACCGACGGGGAGGCCGCAUGCCGUCCUUCAUCCUCGUCUUUCUGAUGGUCAUCAUCGGCGUGCUGGUUUUCAACUACUGGACGGUGUCCAACAAGCACGGACAUCUGCUGGACGAACUGGCGGAGAUACAGACGCAGGUGAAGCGCUCGGACGCGGCGCGGAGCCGCCUGGAGAAGCGCAACUCGGAGCUGAUAGUGCAGGUGGACACGCACAAGAAACAGAUCGACCAGAAGGAUGGAGACUACAGCUUGCUGGAGGGCAAGCUCCAGGCCAGAGAGGGGGCCAUCAAGAAGUGUUCAGAUGAGAAGGUGAAAUUGCAAACUGACGUCACAUCCCAAAUGGCCGAGGUGCAGAGACUUAGAGAGCAGCUGACGGAGCUGAAGCAGGAGUUCAUGAAGCAAGAAGAGCAGCUGAGAGAAGUGAAGAAAAAUAGCUCUAGUUUGGAGAGAAAACUGGAGUACGAGAGUUUGCAGUGUGGACGUCAGAUUGCACAGCUUAAGGGAGAGUAUGAAGAAGCAAAAAAAACCCUGGAGAAAGAAGUGUCAAAGCUGAGACUGACUGUGGUCGGUGGCCUGGGCAACGUGGGCGCAGGAAAGCAUGCAGGGGAAGCAGGAGGUGCGGAUGUGACAGGAGAGCGCCAGACGGUGGCCACUCACCAACAUGACAGGCACUCAGAGAUAAAAGAAGAAAUGGGCAAACCUGGCAGCGAUGCUGGCAUGCCUGGAAUUGAAGACAGUGAGGUGGGAAAAAUGGAUGAAGUUCAGUUUGCCUUGAAGAAGCCCGCCAUCACUCAGAAGCAGAACGAGGCGCCGGAUGUGGGAGCCGCAGCUGGUGCUGGUCCUGGCCCGGAAGCAGCCGAUGGUCCUGGAGGUCAAGGCAUGCUGUUGGACCAGCCCAGGCUCCAGCAGGAGCGGAUAGAGGGCCGAGCAGGGGGGCUCGCACCCCCAGUCAUCAUCAAACAGGGAGACAAGCCAAUAGUGUUUGAAGAAGAUAGCAAGGCAGGGAUCAAGGCAGACGAGCUGGGAGAACAGCAAAGACAAAUCCCAGUUGACAGCAAACAUUUGAAGAUGAUUCCUCUGCCUCACGAGAACGCCCAGGUGCCCAAGCCCGUCCAGCAACGCGCCAAAGAAAAAGUCCCUGCGGAGCAGUUGCACCACCGCCAAAGCCGGUUCUUUGAUGAGAACGAGUCCCCAGUAGAUCCGCAGCACGGCUCUAAGCUGGCGGACUACAAUGGGGACGACGGCAACGUUGGUGAGUAUGAGGCCGACAAGCAGGCCGAGCUGGCCUACAAUGAGGAAGAGGAUGGUGAUGGUGGGGAGGAAGACGUUCAAGAUGACGACGAUCGGGACAUUCAGGACAGAGACCGAGCCGUGGAUUAUGGGAAAAGACAUCAAAACAAUGACAUUCUUUGAAAAGAAACUCACUCGGUUAUAACUUAUAUAAAAAAACAAAAACGUCCUUCCUCUUCAAUCGAGGUGUCUCCUGAUAUAUUAGUUGCAACAUCACCUUGUCUAAGCACUUACAGCAGACUUCUUUAGUGUUAUGGACUAUUUUGACACUUUCAAACUAAUUCUGAAUAAUAUUAAUAGAAAUUAAACACGGCAUUCUCCUGAGCUGCUAUGUAAUUGCUAAUGUUUUUUUUUUUAAGUUACGACAGUAGGGAUGAUGUGCUGUUGUCACUGCAUUUUGGUACUGGGUAACUUCUUCAGGUCAUCAUAGACUGGUCUCGGAGAGUUCGAUAGUUUGAAUCAAAUCAUCUUUUCUUUACCUACUUUCUCUUUGCUUUUGCUUGAUAUAUUAAAAAACUGCUUCCUGGGAUAUUCAUCAAAGAAACAAAUCUGGGCUCUUUAAGAUGGGAUGCCUACAAUGAAGACUUUUUUUUUUUUUUUUGUCUUUUAGUGGAGUGGGAGAUUCAGUUGCCAAGGACUUUACCACCUAUUAAACCGCUUUGUUUUUGUGACAGAGACCCAGAAGUGCUCCUCAUUCCGUUUUUAAAUGCCACUACAUGUGAAACAAAGUGUUCAGUCAUCAAAACUAAGCAACACACUUGCUGCUUAAGCAAUACUUAGGAUGGUGUUAGGAGCAGACAUUACACAUGCUUCCACCAAUGAGGUCUCUUGAAUUUUGAUGUAGUUGAAUUGUUAACAUUUGUACCAAGGGAAUAAUUCCUCACCUUUGGGGAGAUCUGUAAAACAAGAAAUUAGUUGUUUGUGCAACCUGGACAAAAGAUUUCUCACUGAAAGGCGCAUUGAAUGUAAUUUAAUUUUAUUAAAGGUGAUGCUUCAUGUCUUUUGUCACUUGUUGCGCUUGCAGAUUGGCAGUAGGAGUGAUGGUUUGUCAUCAUUAAUGAGAUGGGUUUAGUUGACACAGCUUCUAAUGUAAAUAACCUCUGAAAUAUUGUAUUUAUCAGAAAUAUUCAUCAUUGCUUUGCUUGAUGGAAUUAACAAAUACUAAAUUUUGUUAUAAAAUAAUUUUUCUGGAAAUGCUUUAUUUUGGAAGCUGUUUUGACAAAAGGUCAGUUACUGUAUAUAAAUGUGGAAACUUCAGGAACUAACACAAAAAUAUCUAAUUGCAUACUGUAAUUUUGUUUGCUUUUGCCAUUAAGUUUAAACGUGACAUUUACAUUUUCAAGAGUCUGUGUUUACUUUCCCUUGAUUUCAAAGGUAUUUCUUACAAUAUAUGUAAUGAGCAUGAGUAUUUUACAGACUGAUCGGUUUUAGCCAUGAAAAAUAAUUUUCUUCUGCAUUCAUUGGCAGGUUAAUGGAAAUAAAGCUGAACAAUAAACUUCCCAAAAACCAUAUUAAGUCAAGUUUAAUAACCUUGGUUAAAGUUCAAAAUACAGCAUUUGGUGAAGUACAAAAACUUCAUGUUAUACAGCUAUAUGAAAAUUAUUAGCAUUUUCCAGUUCUGGAUUUGUAUGUUAAACAUUUGUGCUAACUGAGCUUGUUUCUUUGUUUAUGUUAAUGAUUGAAACUGUAAGGUCUGAAAUACAUUGCUUCAACAAUU